AUGUCUUCAAUACUUUCAAGCCAAGCUCAACUUCGUUAUAUUGUCGAGUGGUUCCAGGAAUGGUCUGAUAUGCAAAGAAUGGAUUUUUUAAAUAUAUUUAUUGAACAUUGUGGACCACCAGAUAUGGUAAAUGGAAUUGUAUCUGGUAUUGAAGGUCUUGGUUGUAAAGAUGAACCAACAAGACCACCAAGUUUAUUUCAAUGUCGUGUUAAAUUAUUUCAAGAAUGGAGUCAAAACUGGACCCAACUAGAAAAAGAUAAUUUACUUGUGUCAAUUAAAAAUAUUGAUUCAAAGUUUGCUGAUAAAUAUGAACGAAGACUGACUUCUGGCAAUGCCAAUGACAACGAUGAUAAUUAA